AUGGUGUACCCUUUACCACUAUCGAAUCCGACAGCGAUAAGACUUUCCAGAACGUUAUCGGUAAUCCAGACUCAAGCUCCACACCGGAUCUCCUCCCCCGUCCUAAAGAGCUCCACUCAAGUCCGAAAACUAUGGGGAUGUUCUCGCCAACGAUACAGAAGCCUCGAUUCCCACGAACAGAUACGGAUAGCCCGGUAUCAACGCCUUCAUCGAUCGAGAACAGGUGGCGCACCAGCUGAUCAUCUACGACAAGCCCCAGCCCAAGUAAUAUGGGGCCAUCAACACCACUACCGUCACCCGUGGUGGACUAGGUCCAAACCCAACGCCCCGGGAUCCGCUCAGAAUGUAGCACACCCUCAGAAGAGCUUCUGGGAAGCGGAAAGUGCCCGGAUGCAGCAGAGGAUGGAGCAGAUUCGGAAAGAAAUCGCCGCCGAUCCAUACACAGCUCUUUUCGGGAGAAGGCUUCCGCCGCUGGACUUCCCUAGUAACAUAGAGAACAGGAUUAUGUCGGCGUGUCGUUCGAUUUUCGGCGUGGGCAAAGCAAACGAGACUGACAGAACCACCCACGUUGCGCAGGCCAAGAGUGUGCAGGACCUUGAAUAUGACCCGAUUCGUAAUCGGAUGGUUCCUAGGAGAUCGGCCGAACAAACCAACGGGACAGGCGGCAGAGAAUCUCCGGAUACCCUUGUUGGGAACUCCACGCGGUAUGAAAACCGGGUCGGCUACCUCUCUGCUGUUGAUCGGUCGAAAGAGCAUUCAAACGAGAGUGCAAGUGCACCCCAGGAUUCAGAGUCGGUGAAGGAAAUCCAGUCAGAUCCAACAAACAUCCUAGGACAAACACACCCGGAUUCAGGCGAACCUACCCUCAAUGAUUGUCGUCAGCGUCAGAAUUCUCUCGAACGCCCGACACCAGAAGUGGAAAGGCAUGGAAACGAUAUGAACGAACAACUCGAUUCGGACAGUGAAACACAAGCGAAUGUACCUGACAGUAACAACUGUUCCAAAUCUCCAGGAUUUAACCCAGAUCGCUACAAACCCACAAGCCCAUCAGUUCUGGGUCCAGCUCAGCAACAGGAACCACGGAUGAGAGAAGAGAGGGCAGAGGAUCUGGACCUCCUGCGUGCUAGCGACAUCCGUUCGUUGUAUAUUGCAAGGAACUUGAAGGGAGAGCCGGAGGCGCGGCGCAAGGCGCGCAAAGACUUGGAUACUGCGUUUGACUCCUAUGUAGACCCCUUCAGUGAUGUCAGAGCUCAAGAUGUCAGAGCGAGGUUUCAGGAGCCUGUGCCCACAUCGCCAGUGAAUGGAACAACAAGAAGCGAACCCGCCGCGCAGGAAAGCACGACUCAACUCCAUCCAGAAGAAGACAGUCCCAAUAACUCUCAGGUGCCUGUCCAAGAAGAGCACUCGGACACAUUAUUACCUGGCACGCAGGCUCGCAAAACCACCCAGGUCACUACAGGCGGCUCUCUGAUCGGCGACACUUACCGCGUUUUAGCAUAUGAUCCUUUGACCCUCCAGAUCACACAAGCGGAAACGAACUCAUCCUUUCAUACAACGCACGAGUGUCUUCACCCUUCUGAAAUCCUUCCCCGCUUGAAUAGCCCAUCCAAGUUCUUACCAUAUUUUAAAGAGAUGCAAGCAGAUGGCUACGAGAUCAUUUCGGGGGGCGGAGAUAUACUUGUGUUUAGAAAGGCUCUCACGGAGAAAGCGAAGAGCGAGCUUGGUGCCUAUGUGAGAGACGAACCCUUGUUCGGCGACGAGGCUUUACGUCCUUCAAAUACUGCCAACACCGCCAGCCCUGCCUCUGGUCCUAGUUGCUCUGAGACCAAUGUACCUCCUCAAACGAGCGGAAGUAGAGCUCGCCAAAUCCUGCGCCGGGUGCUUAUCAGUGGGUUUGCCACGGCAGCAACGUGCUAUGCGCUUGGUGUUGUCUGCGAGUAUUUCCGAACCGGUGGACAGGAUGGACGAGGCAUUGACGGGUUUACCGAAUUUGAAUCCGAAAGGCGGCACAGGGAUUGA